UGAGAUGCAUUCUACAUGCUUUUAUGAUGAUGUGUGGAUUAACGAUUACUACAAUCAAAUUACAGAUGUAAUACAGGUUAGAUCUGAUAAAAAACAAUCAAAAGAAAGGAAAGAAGAAAUGAAAUUUGCUGUGGGAAUGAUCGUAACGCUUUCCUCAUCUUUGCCAAAUUGGUGUCGCGAUUCACGAACUUAUGGGGUGAUAAUUGGUUGGCAUGAUAAAUGUGAAUUUACGACGCUAAAUGAGGAAAAUGAGGUGUCUCCAUUUUUGAAUAGAUAUUAUUAUGAUAACAGUGAUGUAAAUGGAGAGCAUUUAAAUUCCAACCAACCGCACUACACAAUUCUCGCCGAAAAUAAUAAAAUGUUUUAUGCGGCACAAGAUCUGAUAUCGAAAUGUCUACCAAAAGAAAUCAAUAAUAUAGCAAUAGGGCGAUACUUUUAUAGAUUUGAGGGUACUCAUUACGUACCAAAUAAAAACCUGCAACAAAGGUAUCCAUAUGAUAUACAAUAUCAUACAGAAUGUAUCACAAAUUUUGGUAAAUGAUUUUUGGUCAAUAUGUCGAAGGGAACCUCUUCGAACUUGACGUAUAUUGUCAAGGUUGCU